CUGUUUGACUUGGGAUUCUCAAGCUCUUCAAAUCUGACACAUGAUCCCAACGCUAGUAUUCCAAUGUCGUUUAAGCACCCCCCACACACGUAUACCCUUAUUAGGCAAUAUAUCCCUUUUUAUGGAAAUAAUAGAACAAAAUUAGAAGCGUCCAAUGAAACAUAAGCUGUUAUGUCAAGUCGUGAUAUAUGAAACUAAGAAGGCCAACGUCUUUAUCGUUAUAUAAGUAAUUACUACUCGACUUGUUAUUAGUGGAUGGCGGUGUAACCAUCAAGCAUGGUCAUUUCUCCCUAAACAUCCACCUGUUGAGGGGGAAGGGGCUUUUUAAAUGCAGCUCAGCUCGGGGCGGAGUUAAAUACGGAGACAGCCUAUUACGGCUCACAAGACGCCAUCUGUUCUGUUUCGCGUCUGUGAAAUUCUACCCUGUAAGUAUACCAAAUUAGAAUGUUUAAACUAUCGACACUUUGCUAUUAGACUAUGCGAUGUCGAUGAGAAUAAACGUAGCCUAGUUCAUUUAGAAAAGCCUGCGACACAAGGCAUGAUCGUUUCUUCUGCGUCAAUGCAUGUUUCAGUAGUGAUUUAGCAUGCAAUUAUUAACAGAGAUUGACAAAAGAUGAAAUAGUUAUUUGCUACUAGGCUAUAGUUUAAAUCAAAAGCAUUAUGAUAGAGCACAAUAAUAUGAUUUCUUGCGAUAGUGCACAGGCUUAUACGCAAUCGCCAGUGCUAACUACAUUACAACAAACCCUUUAAAUGAUUAAUGAUUAAUUCCAUAAAUAUACGUCUCUUGCGAGAUAGGCCAAUGUAAAAUCGUUUGCAGAACGCCCUCUACCUACGCAGAUAUGUUCAACGGGCGGAGACAUGGGGGGUGUGUCAAGCUAAGCAGUUUAGCUCCACUUCUGCUCAGCUAUUGGUUUCCAUUCACCGUAAGACUUCCCCUUGCAGACGUAUGUUUUGGUUUAAAUGACUGGCGGGGCGUGUAUUCAUGACGGAGUUGCUGUAACAAAUAUGUUAUUAUGGUGUACACCUAAUUAAAGAAUUCUGCUUUCUCUAUUUUGUAAGACAAACAAUGAUUACAAAAAAGAUCCGAUCGGAAUACAUGAAGAAAUUCAAGGACCCUAAAUGGGAAACCUACUCCAAGUGUUACGAAGAGAUGGUUAAAUACAGAUUAGCGAGGAGACUUCUGGAACAUUCGCACAAUCCGUUUUUCUGGAACGAAGGGGACAGCGACUCGGAAUCCAGUGGCAGCCCCUUUCCUCCUAACAAAAACAAAGUUGAACCUCUUGUCGUGAAAGACCAGUCCUCAUCAGAAUGUGACCGAAAGGCACCAGAGCACCGGGAGAUUCAAAAAACAUCUGAACAGAAUAUCCCUGCAUCAGAGGAAGCGCCGCAUCAGCGGACAGAGAAUGUUCCGCCAGAGACCGCUCCAUCCAUUGAUGGUCAGGCUGUGGACACCAGGAAGGUUGGAGAAACAGAGGAGGAGAGGACAGGUAGAGCUCCAGAUGGGCCAAAACUCCCUGAGGAGGAGCCAGCAGAACAGCCCAAAGCCAAACACUCAAAGAGACCCCUCAAGCUUAGAGGUCCACUAAGGCGACUAAAAGAGCCCAAUAAGGAGAACACACAUCCGUUUGCCCUGUAUGGUGGGGGGGAUAAUCCUACUGAUAUGGCCAGCAAGAAAACCCACAAUGUGCGUACUUCAGCAUCUACCAAGGAGAUCCACGAGUCUGCCUUGCGGGCCAAGACCAGGCGGGAAGUGGAGAGGCAGAUGCAGACACAGCAGGCGGACAGACGGAGAGCGCAGUCAGCUGACCUUGAAAAAACUGUCAAGACCCAAAUGGCAUCAGAUUAUAAUCCCUGGGUAACAGAGUACAUGCGUUGCUUCUCCACCAGGUCUCGAUAGACACAGACACACAGGUGCACGCACACAAACACACAUGCUUACCGGGAUUGAUCACAAACACCUGCGGGAUGACACAGGUUAAAUCAUCAAAGUGUGCUCCUCCCCACCUUGACUCCUUCUCAAAACCCAUUGGAGGGAAAGGUUCCUCACGUCUGGUGGCCAUCUGACAAGGAGGAGAUGUGAAAGAGCAUGAGGAAUGAAGGAGAGUCUAGACUGAGGAAGACCCAGAGGAUAAAUAGAUUCUCCCUGGUGGACAAGACCAUCCCCUGUCUCUCACAAGAUCAUUUUCCAGGAUUACUAGCACAAUUCCAUUGUACGCAAUAGUGGUUAAACACGGUAGUCUUAUUGCUUCUAGAUCACCGGAUUGAUUUGACAUUAGAAAUGUCACAUUUCAUUGAAAUCAUGCACAGUAGGUUACUAGGAUAGCUUUCUCACACAUCAUUAUUGUCUUGUACAUGUACGCAAUCUGAACUAAACAGCUCUCUUUUUUGGCACCUAGAUAUUGAAAAAAGUGAGGAACAAUAUGGCUGCACACAAGGUGAUGUCUAUGUAUGUCUGCUUUCAGGACCAAAUCUGCUUCCAAAGGUGACCACAAUAGCACUUUCCUUUUGAGAAACGUAACUGUACAUAGAGAAAGGGAUUAGAAUAAUGUUGACUUGGCCUCAAGGUCCAUUUACUUGACAGUGUUUAGUGUAACUCUUUGUUUUGUGUGGGUAUCACUAUAAUUUUCCAGUAUUAUUAUUUUCAAACAAGCACAUCUAUUUAAGUCCAGAGGUACCUAGCUAGAUGCAGUAAUGUGAAAUUGGAUAAUAAGCCAUUGUUGAAAAUGUGUGCAAUAGAUGCUUCUAGCUUAUUCAGUCCACCAGCAGCACCAUCUUACUUAGCACGGGCAUAGGUAUGAGAAGCAAUAAUAAUUCAUUCAGAAAUUGGAAGAGGUGAGGAUUACUCACAGCUUUGCUGUGUCCGUGUAAUGGCUCAUUGCUCAUUGUUUACUAAAGUACAUAAAUAACAACAAAUGUAUGUUUUGACAAAAGACAAACCUUCAAAUUGCCAGACAUAUAAUAGUUAACUUGCAAAUAUAAGGGUCAUUACUAUUUUGGUGUUAGACGUUAUUUUGUACACACAUUUUAAUGUCAACAUUUUUACACAUUUGAUUGUCGUCAUAGCUGUGAGAAAAAAAAGGGUUUAAGUGUGGAUCUUGGGAUGGUAGGCUUUGAAUAAACCACUUUGGGAAUGAU